AUGUCGUCAUCUGUUUCUGUGCCCUCCGGUGUGAGUGAUUACAGGAACGAGAGCGGGAGCGAAAAUGUGAACAAGAGUACGACAAUGGUCCCCGGUGAGGUGGUGAUUCGUGAGGUAGCGAUGUUGUGUAACUUGGGCUUGGGCCACAUAAAUCCCAGUCUUCAGUUCCAUACAUGUUUGUGUGCUCAUGGCUAUACCUCUACCUUGUUCGCUCCGGUUAAUAGGGUUCAGAGAGACGAGAUGACAAAGCGUGCCAAGACGAUAAUUAAGUUAGAACGACUUGUGGAGUAUUGCCAACGGCUGAUGCCCUGUCCAGAUGAGGUUCCUCAGGCGCUGGAGGCGAAGUCGGUUAUGGAGGGGGAGCCGGAGGCUAACGGCGCAUUGGGUGACAAGGUUGAAGAGAUCCUGGCAUUGGAAAUGGGUCCAGGUCUUACGCUGGUGCUAAUCGAAGUGAAGGCUGCGGUCAUUGAGGAGUUGAUCGAUAUAUAUUCCGACCUGCAUUGGCAGUAUAAUUUAUGGUACAAGAUUGUAGUGGAGUACUACGAAGGCGUGCACAGCAACCGGGGAAAGGUACGGCCGAUUGCCGUAUUUGGUGAUUUUAUGACGGUUGCGGAUGUGCCUGUGGCCGAGUUCUUCGAGGCUCAGUGCUGGACUUUCUGUCCUUCACCUUGCAUCGUGAUCGGAGCCUUUGACAACUUCUUCUUGUCCGUGGCCAAAGCGGAGGAGAUGAAGCAGGUGGAGUUGCCGGGGCUAGGUUCUUACAAACCGGACCAGUUGAUUAGGCUCAAGGGCAUACCGGCGCUUGAGAAGUGCACGAAGCUGAUGUUGCAGCUGUAUCAUCAACGUGGCGCGAAGAAGGGCUUCGUCUGCAACGACGUUGAUGCGUUUUACCGUCCGGAAUUGCUAAGCAACAUCAAGCAGUCAAUUACUGGCCUGCUUAAUGUCGGUCCCGUUAUUGGCUAUGACGCUCGGAUCGGCCGCGGUCUUGUUGAUGGAGACAGCGAUCUGGAGUGGCUGAACCAGUUUGCUGAUGAAAGUGUUUUGUUCAUCGCAUUCGGUACGGUCUUCUCGCCGAGUGCUGAAGAUAUGAAGGCCAUUUGCACAGCUAUUGACAAGACACCCAACUACGUCUUGUGGUCAGUCAGAUCACCCCACAAGGGUGUCGAGGGCUUUAGUGAACGGGGUUUCCCAACGUCAUUUGAGGGAAAACGGGCUAGGAUCGUCAAUUGGAUACAACCACGCCCCUCGUACUGA